AGCAGCAGAGAUGGCCUCCUGGUUAGGGGGCCUGGGCUCGGGGCUGGGCCAGUCCCUGGGGCAGGUAGGGGGCAGCUUGUCCUCCCUUACCGGCCAGAUCUCCAGCUUCACCAAAGACAUCCUGCUGGAGGGCACCGAGGAAGUGGGAGAUGCACCAACAGAACUCCAAGUAUCCAGUUCUAGGCUAAGAGAAAUAGAAGGUACUCAUGCAACACAGAGAUUGGAGAAUGAGAGACUGAAGAAGGUUUGCAGUGAUCUAGAAGAAAAGCAUGAAGCAGCAGAGCUUCAGAUAAAGCAGUUGUCCAUAGAGUACCGAAAUCAGCUGCAGCAAAGAGAGGUUGAAAUCAGCCAUCUAAAAGCUAGACAGAAUGCACUACAGGAACAAUUGCAGAAGUUGCAGACAGCUGCUCAGUCAGCACAGUUAGGAGCUGGUGUUUUGCCGCCAACCACUACAUCAGCUUCCUUUGUUCCUGUGGUUAGACAUCAUUCUUCAGGUUUUCAAGGGGAUGACAUGGACUUUGGAGAUGUAAUCUGGUCCCAGCAAGAAAUAAACAGACUGUCCAAUGAAGUUUCUAGACUUGAAUCUGAGGUUGACCACUGGAUGCAGAUAGCACAGUCUUCCAGAGUACAAGGAACAAAUAAUGCUGAUCAAAGUGAAAUCUGCAAGCUGCAAAAUAUUAUCAAAGAGCUGAAACAGAAUUUAAGUCAAGACAUAGAUGAACAUCAGCAUGAGCUUUCAGUAUUACAGGAUGCGCAUCGACAGAAACUAGCAGAGAUAAGUCGUCGGCACCGGGAGGAGUUAAGUGAAUAUGAGGAACGAAUUGAAGAACUUGAAAAUCAGUUACAGCAAGGUGGUGCAGGCAUUGAAAUCACUGAUUAUUCUAAAAUUAGCGACUUGCAAAAGAACAUUCAAAUCCUACAAACUGAAAAACUAAAGGACAUACAGAAUAUGAAGGAACUGGAGGAUAAAGUAAAAAAUUUAAAUGAGAAAUUUUCUUCUGUAGAAAAUGAGAACAAAAUCCUGCUGAAUGAGCGAGAACUGGUAAAGAUGGAAAACAGCCAAAUAACACAAGAAUAUGAAAGACUGAAAUCUGAGUUUAUUAAGCUUCAAAAUUAUGUUGCAGAACAGGAGACCCUUCUGAAAGAACAGGGGAAAAAACUCCCACUGAUGACAUCGUCAGAGGAAGAAGUGCUCAGACUACAACAAGCACUGUUGGAUGCAGAAAAAGAAAUAAUGAGACUUAAUACCUUAAAUCAGGCUGAUAGUUUUAUUGGUGCAGGAGAAGAUGGUCUAAAGGUUAAAACAGAUACACAAGUUUUAAAAGAAGAAAAUCAUAAACUAGGAAAAGAAAAGGAAGAACUUCAGAAGAAACUAGCAAGUUUACAACAUAAAGAUGAGGAUGUUACAUCUGCAUCUAUUGAAGACACGAAUUUGGAAUUAAAUCAAUUAAGGCAAGAGUUGGAAAGGAAGGAGCAUGAACUCAAAGAAAGUAUUACAGACAGAGCAACACUAACAGCAGAAUUAGAAGAAUUGGACAAGCAGAAUCAAGAAACUGUGCAGCAUAUGAUUACCCUGAAAGAGCAGCUAUCAAAACAGCAUACAGAAGCUGAUAGUACCAUCAACCAGCUGAAACUUGACAUAGAUUUUGAAAGAAGGAAAGUGUCUGAAGUAGAAGCUGAGAAGAUGGAAAUGAGUAAGGAAUUAGAAACCCAGAAAUUAAAAAUGAACCACUGUACAUUUGCACUUAAUGAUCUGCAUAUGAGUAAUCAGCAGCUUCAGCAUAACAUUAAGGAUUUACAAGAACAACUAAAGAAAUUCCAAAAUUGUAACUUGAAUAAUAAAAAGGAAAUUGCAGAAUUGAAGCAAAAUCUGAAACAAAAAGAGGAGGAACUUUCUGUUUCCCAGAACAAGUUAACAAAGAUAAUUAAUCAAGAAUCUAACAGUAACUAUCAAGAUCUUUCACUUAAAGAAAGAGAAGCAGAAAUUGAAAAACUAAAUAAAGAUAUUUCAGAAAAUAAACAACUAAAUCAAAAUUUGGAGAAAUCAGUUUGUGAUCUUAAAAUAGAAAAUGGAAAGCUGCUGGCUGUCUGUGAAGAACUAAAACAGCAGUUGCAUGAAGCCUUUGCUGAGAAAAAUAAGAUUUCCCUGGAAAAAGAUACCAUAUUAGAGGCUUUGAAAAUGGAAAAAGGACAGUUGGAAACUGAAUUAAGCCAGACCGAAAAGCGGCUGUUGGAACAAGCACAAAAAUAUGAACAAACCAUUGAGGACCUGUCAAAUGCACGUAACAUGAACACCGAUGCAUUACAGCUUGAACAUGAGCGUCUGGUGAAAUGCAAUCAAGAGAGGGACUUUGAGAUAGCAGAACUCAAAAGAAACAUUGAGCAGAUGGAAGCUGACCAUGAAGAAACUAAAGAGAUGUUGACAACUAGCUUAGGAGGACAAAAGCAGUUGACAGAACUCAUAAAAGAGAAGGAGAUGUUUGUUGAAAAAUUUAAAAAUAGAGCUCUAGAGUUGCAACAGGAACUUGAGGAAUAUGUUAAGGAUUCCAAAAAGCAUGAGAUUUUAAGGCAAAAUUUAGAAGAAAAGGACAAAAGUCUUGCAGCCAUGAAAGAAGAAAACAAUCAUCUGAAAGAAGAGAUUGAAAGACUAAAGGACCAGCAAAGCAGAUCUCCACCUGUGGCUGAGCCUAAAACACUAGAUAUUAUUACUGAACUUGAAACUGAGAUAGCACAGUUACAUGUAAUAAAGAAUAAUCUUGAGGAGGAAAUAAAACUUCACAAAAAAACAAUUGAAGAUCAGAGUCAGAAAACUGUGCAACUUCAACAGUCUUUGCAGGAGCAUAAAAGGGAAAUAGGCGAGUCUAAAUUUCAGUAUGAGCAAAUGAAUGUCACACAUGAAAAGCUUUUCUUGGAGAAAGAUGAGGAAAUUAAAAGUUUGCAGAAAACAAUUGAACAAAUUAAAACUCAGUUGCACAAUGAGAGGCUCGUCUUUCAGACAGACUCCUCUGAUCUCUUUCAAGAAACCAAAGCCCAGGCACUUAAUGGAGAAAAUGGUAACGAAAAACAUGACUUGUCUAAGUCUGAAAUUGAAAGACUAGUGAAAGGUAUCAAAGAGAGAGAAAGGGAGAUUAAGCUUCUGAAUGAAAAGAAUGUCUUUUUAACUCAACAAAUUGAUCACUUGUCUAAAGAUCAAGUUGGUAAACUCACUCAGAUCAUCCAAGAGAAAGACUUAGAGAUACAAGCUCUCCAUGCAAGUAUUUCCUCUUCAUCAUAUAGACAGGAUGUUCUGUACCUUCAACAGCAACUGCAAGCCUAUGCCAUGGAAAGAGAACAAGUGCUGGCAGUUUUGAGUGAAAAAACUAGAGAAAACAGUCAGUUAAAAACAGAGUAUCAUAAAAUCAUGGAUAUGGUGGCAGCUAAGGAAGCAGCUCUGAUGAAGUUGCAAGAAGAGAACCAAAAAUUAUCUAAUAAGUUUGAAAGUAGCAGCCAAGAUAUGUUUAGAGAGACUGUUCAGAAUUUGUCCCGUAUCAUUCGAGAGAAAGAUAUUGAAAUAGAUGCCUUGAGUCAAAAAUGCCAAACCUUAUUGACUGUCCUACAGACAUCCAACAUAGGUACUGACAGUGGAUCAGGAGGUGUUAAUAGUAAUCAGUUUGAGGAGCUUUUACAAGAGCGUGAUAAAUUAAAGCAACAAGUAAAGAAGAUGGAAGAGUGGAAGCAACAAGUAAUGACUACAGUCCAGAACAUGCAGCAUGAGUCAGCUCAUCUCCAAGAGGAGCUACACAAGCUUCAGGCACAAAUUUCAGUUGACAGUGAUAGCAAUUCUAAAUUACAGAUAGAUUAUAAUGGCUUGAUCCAGAGUUAUGAGCAGAAUGAGAAAAAAAUGAAAAGUUUUAGUCAGGAGUUAGCACAAGUUCAGCAUAGUAUAGGACAGCUUCAUAAUACCAAGGAUCUUCUUCUGGGAAAACUUGAUACGGUAACACCACCUCUGCUGAUGGCUUCUUCUGUUUCACAAACAUCAGAUAUUCCAAGCAGUACUCCUCCUGAAAUAGUCAGUGAUGCAUCCAAACUCCUUCAACAGGAAUUGGAGCAGCUUAAAAAAAUGUUACAAGAAAAAGAUGACACUAUCAGAACUCUUAAGGAAAAUAAUCAAAGAUUGUCUGAUUCCAUGGCUAUAACAUUAGAAUUAGAAAGAAAGGGACAAAAGGACACUGAUCCAGAGAUGAAGCAGAUAAAGGGAAAAUGUGAUGUUUUCCAGAAGUCACUUAGGGAAAAAGACCUCUUGAUUAAAUCUAAAAGUGAUCAGUUACUUUCUGUAAGUGAAAAUCUUAGUAACAAAGAAAAUGAAAAUGAGCUUUUAAAACAAGCUGUCACUAAUCUUAAAGAAAGAAAUCUAAUUUUAGAAAUGGACAUCUGUAAGCUGAAAGAAGAAAAUGAAAAAAUAGUAGCAAGGUGCAGGGAGAAAGAAACCGAAUUCCGGGCAUUACAAGAGACUAACAUGCAGUUUUCAAUGAUGCUGAAAGAGAGAGAAUUUGAAUCCCACUCAAUGAAAGAAAAAGCUCUUGCCUUUGAAAAACUAUUGAAAGAAAAAGAACAGGGCAAGAUGGGGGAAUUGAAUCAUCUGUUAAAUGAAGUUAAGUCAAUGCAAGAAAAGGCUGUUUCUUUUCAACAAGAAAGAGACCAAGUCAUGUUAGCACUCAAACAGAAACAAAUGGAGAGCAGUGCCCUACAGAAUGAGGUGCAGCAUUUACGUGAUAAGGAGCAGCGUCUAAACCAGGAACUGGAGAGGUUGCGCAAUCACCUCUUAGAAAUGGAGGACUCCUAUACACAGGAAGCUUUAGCUGCAGAGGACCGAGAGACCAAGCUAAGAAAGAAGGUCAUGGUUUUGGAGGAAAAACUAGUGUCCUCUUCUACUGCAGUGGAAAAUGCCAGCCAUCAAGCCAGUCUGCAGGUGGAAUCCUUGCAAGAGCAGCUGAACCUAGUGUCCAGACAGAGAGAUGAAACUCUGCUACAGCUUACCAUGUCACAGGAUCAGGUGAAACAGUAUGCACUGUCACUGGCCAACCUGCAGAUGGUACUAGAGCAAUUCCAGCAGGAGGAGAAAGCCAUGUAUUCAGCGGAACUAGAAAAACACCAAAAACAGACUGCAGAAUGGAAAAAAAAAGCUGAAAAGCUAGAAGGAAGGGUUGAGUCUUUACAGGAAAGUUUAGAGGAAGCAAAUGCUGCCUUGGAUGCAGCAUCAAGGCUGACUGAGCAGUUGGAUCUCAAAGAGGAGCAAAUUGAGGACCUUAGGAAACAAGGUGAGAUCAAACAAGAAAUGUUGGAAGAUGCACAAAACAAACUAAUGAACCUUAUAAACAGCACAGAAGGGAAAGUGGACAAGGUCUUGAUGAGAAAUCUCUUCAUUGGGCAUUUUCAUACUCCAAAGAAUAAGCGUCAUGAGGUCUUAAGGUUAAUGGGAAGUAUUUUGGGGAUCAAAAAGGAAGAGCUAGAUCAGUUAGUGUCUGAAGACCAAAAAGGUGUUACCAGUUGGGUGACUGGUUGGCUUGGUGGAGGAGGAGCUGGAUCAAAGAGUGUCCCGAGCACACCUAUAAGACCAACUAAUCAAUCUGUUUUCAAUAGUUCUUUUUCAGAACUGUUUGUGAAGUUCCUUGAAACAGAAUCACGUCCAAACCUUCCCCUACCCACGCUCUCUGUUCAUGACAUGAAACCUUUAGGAGCAGCAGGAAUUUGUAAUCCUAGUAGUACCAGAUCCAGCAGCCAUACAGAAACUACAGGCUCGGGAACCAGUAGAAGACCAGAUGCAAAUCCGUUCUUGGCACCCCGAUCUGCAGCAGUGCCCCUAAUCACCCCCACUUCUCUUGGAACUGGUGGAUCAGGGCAUCUGCUUAUGAAACCUAUUUCUGAUGCAUUGCCUACUUUUACACCACUGCCAGUGUUGCCUGAUGCCAGUGCUGGUGCUGUACUAAAAGACCUCUUAAAACAAUAG